UCCCUGCAUCCUGAACAGCCAAAGAGGUUCAGGAGCAGAAAACAUGAAAAUCCUUCUAGUCUUUCUAUUCAUUGCCCCACUUGCUUUUUCACCUAGAGCUGAGAAGGAUCAUUCCUCCUUUGAUUCUGCUGCAUCCCCUGAGACAAAGUCAAGAUUUGCCAUGUUAGAUGAUGUUCGAAUCUUAGCCAACGGACUCCUCCAGCUUGGGCAUGGUCUUAAAGACUUUGUUCAUAAGACAAAGGGGCAGAUGAAUGACAUCUUUCAAAAACUUUACAUUUUUGAUAGGUCCUUUUAUGAGCUCUCUCUGCAAACCAGUGAAAUCAAAGAAGAAGAGGAACAGCUCAGACAAACUACAGCCAGGCUGCAAAUCAACAAUGAAGAGAUAAAGAAUCUCUCACAGGAGAUGAAUUCAAAGAUUGAAGACCUCAUACUAAACAAAAUCCAGCUGCAAGAGAAAGUGUGGGGACUGGAAGACAAAGUCACUAAACUGGCUAUUAUCCAGCCUUCAAACCAAGAGACAAAAGAAAUUUCUUCACUCAAAGCUUUUGUGGAGCAGCAGGACAACCACAUCAAACAACUUCUCAAAACUGUAGAGGAUCAGCACGUGCAACUCGACCGACAGCACAAUCAAAUACUGGAGCUGGAGGACAAGCUAAACCACAUCGAGCUGCAGGAACUCACUGACAACUCCUUCCUGGGGGAGCACACAGAGCCAGAGGCCAUCCCCUCUCCUGUGCACAACGCCACACACAGAGCUGAUGGUGCCAUUCCUGACUGCACUGCUCUUUAUACCAGCGGCACACGGUCCAGUGGUGUUUACACCAUCAAGCCCAAUGGCUCAGAAGCUUUUGAUGUCUACUGUGAAAUGAAAGCUGGCACUUCCUGGACUGUAAUCCAGAAGAGAGUGGACGGAUCACUGGAUUUCAACCAAACCUGGGAUGCCUAUACAAACGGAUUUGGGGAUCUCAAUGAGGAAUUCUGGCUAGGCCUGAACAAGAUCUACUCCAUUACUAAACAAGGGGACUACAUCUUACGGAUUGAGCUGCAGGACUGGAGAGAUAAUAAACGUUACAUCGAGUAUGCCUUCAGCCUGGGAGGCCCCCAGACGCGCUACACGCUCCAGCUCUCGCGGAUCUCCGGGAGCAUUCCCAACGCCUUGCCAGAGCAGACACAGCUGCGCUUCUCCACUGCAGACCACGACAGGGAUGGAAAAAAUGACUUCAACUGUCCAGAAAACUACUUAGGAGGCUGGUGGCACAGUGAGUGUGAGGAAACCAAUCUUAACGGGAAAUACGUCGCACCGAGAUCGAGAGGAAGACUAGACAGAAGUAAAGGCUUAUACUGGAAGCCUAGGAAAGGAAGAUACUACCUGCUCAAGUCAACCCAAAUAAUGAUACACCCAACAGAUUUAGGAAGUUUUGACUGAUUGCUCAAUCUGAUGCCCUUCAGUUCAGAACAUACACAGGGAAUGCUACUACGGCAGGGAAGUUUGUGUUAUGUUUAAUAACAGAUGUGUAUUUGAAAAUGGUGCAUUGUCUAAUACACAAACCUGAGGCAUUUGCAACGGCCUUACAGUGUGUUUGGUGAGUACUCUCAUUCCCUCCAGCCCCCAUGUCAACACGCUCUAACUUUCAUGGAGCUUUUGCCUCCUCAGGAUGAAACUGUAAUGCCUAGGAAUCAACUGCCUAUUCAUGUGGUAGGUAAUGUUGCUUGGGGGAAGGGGUUUCAGGCUGCUGCAUCUGUUCCUGGGUUCUGUGGCAGGGAACAUAAAAAGUAUUUCAGCAAAAGAAGGUCUGACAAAAUGCUAUGGAAGAUAUUUAGGUAUUCAUGUGUAGGGGAACAUUUAAGUUUCAUACAGUAGCUUUAUCAUGAAACUUUACGUUUCAUAAAGUAACUAAUUUGGUAUUUGGUUCAUGUCCUGGUUGUGGAAUGUUUCUAUGAGCAAACAAAAGGUGGGCAACUCCCCAUUUUAGGGUUCUGUGUAUUCCCAGACAAAUUUUCAGCUGUGGAGCUCAGGCUGAUCUUCACUGAAGCCCCAUCCUCACCCAUCUAUAGAUGUGUAGACACACAUCAAGUAAAGCCAGAGAACAGGCUUCAUCUUUUAGAUAUUAUGCUUUGAAGAAUAACUUAACACUAUCUUACUGAAAGUUAAAGAGCUAAGCUUCAAAGAUGACUGAAAUGAGUUAGAGCUCUUCUCAUUGGAGAUGGAAUGAGAGCCAUUCCUUUGUGACCUUUUAGUACUGCCAACUCAGAAAUUAAAAGAAAGAACAAGAAAGCACACAACAAAACACCUUUCAAAUAGAGAACAGCUGCCUGUGGGGCAACUCCAAUGGAGUCUAUAGUACCAACCACCAAACCCUGUAGACACGACCUACUUGACAGUGUUGGUCCUGCUCCUGAGAAUACAUUCACAUCUGUUUCGCUUCGGCUGCAGAAGGACACCUGACACGUGUGUGGACGGCCAGCUGUAGGAGUGUGGACUGACAAAGACCCCAAUGCUGCAGUUACCUUGAGUCAUAUUGACUUACACAUCUUGCCUAACCCUUGUACAGUAUGGAUUUUAUCUCAACAUUGCAACCAUACAGAAAGUGGUUUUAAACUGUUAAUUUCACAGAGUGAAACAACUGUGAACAGAAUGUGCUAAUUACGGGAAAACUGCAAAAAUACAUUUCAUGGAUCUAGUACAGAGAAGAGAUCACACAGUGCUGCUUAUUUGUACUGGUGUACUGUAAUGCUUAAUUACCUGCCUUUCCUCAAUAAAUAAAUCCACAAAC